AUGUCAUCAUUGUCAACAUCCACAAUAUUAGCAAAAUAUCCAUAUUUUCAGAAUGAUCUAUUAUGGGCUCUUGUCAUCGGUAUUAUUUUGGCGUUUGUGCUUGGAUUUGCUAUGGGUGCCAAUGAUGUCGCAAAUGCGUUUGGUACUUCUGUUGGCAGUAAAGUAUUAACUCUACGACAAGCAUAUAUAUUAGCAGUCAUUUUCGAAACACUUGGAGCCUUGCUUAUCGGUUAUAAUGUGACGGAUACUAUGCGCAAAGGUGUUGUUAACGUUACCUUAUAUGAUGAUGAUCCAGAAGAGAUAUUUGUUGGACAAGUUGCCAUUUUGGGAGGCUGUUCAGUAUGGUUGCUAAUUGCUACACUUGCUCGUUUACCCGUGUCAUCUACACAUAGCAUUACUGGUGCAACAAUGGGAUUUGGAUUAGUGACAAGAGGUGGCUCAGGGAUACAGUGGCACAAAAUUUUUCAAAUAAUUGGUUCAUGGUUCGUGUCACCUGUAUUAUCAGGCAUUGUGUCAGCUAUUCUCUACGUUAUUGUCGACCAUUCCGUGAUUAGAAGAAAAAAUCCAUACCGGUCUGGAUUGAUGGCAUUGCCUAUAUUUUACUGGUUUUGUAUUGCAUUCAACGUGUUCACUGUAUGCUAUCAAGGAUCCAGAUUGCUACAGCUAUCCAAUUUACCGUUUUGGAUCUGUGCAUUAAUCAGCAUUGGAUGCGCAACGAUAGGUUCAAUUGUGAUUCACUUCUUCCUUUCGCCACGGCUGAAAAUUUGGAUAAAUACUCAUGAUCAAGUAGCCGAUGAAAAAACGAUGAAGAUAUUCAGUUCAAUUCAGGCUUUUACCGCCUGUUUUGCAGGAUUUGCUCAUGGCGCUAAUGACGUAGGAAACGCAAUAGCUCCAUUAACCGCUUUGAUAUCAAUUUAUACUAGUUUGGACAAUCGGCAGCGAAGUGAAACACCAAUUUACGUGCUCCUUUACGGCGUGGCAGGGAUAUGUGUUGGUCUUGUGGUGCUUGGCCAUCGAGUGAUCCGAACAAUUGGCACUGAUAUGACUGUCAUUAAUGCAGCUAGCGGUUUUACUAUUGAAUUCGGCGCUGCAGUAACUUCCUUAGUAGCCAGCAAACUAGGCUUACCAAUCAGCACAACACAUUCACUGGUUGGAAGUGUAGUAUUUGUUGGCUUGAUCCGUGAUAGGCGAGGAAUUGAUUGGAAAGUGUUCCGUAAUAUUGCCUUAUCAUGGAUUUUGACCAUGCCUGUUUCAGAUUUGUUUUAUUCUUGUUUUUCAAUUUUACAUGCACUGCAAUUUAACUGA